AUGUUUCGUAAAAUUUAUAGAAAGUUGGUAAACAACGACUCAACGGCAGCGAAUAGGACUAUUCCAAAUGGCGGAAACAAAAAGCAGAAAAUCGUCAGGAAGAAGAAGAAAGCUCCCAACAAGAGAGGUCAACCCGAAGCUACGCCUAUUCCGCCACAGAAAGAUGGUAUUUUAUCAGAUGCAGAGUCAACAGCUGAGACACAAUCAUCUCAAGCAACACCGACGCAAUCUCAAGCACCACAACGACAGGGUGCCAGCCAACGAAUAGCGAGGAGAGCUAGAUCAGGCAGAAGAAGCGUUCGCCGAGUACCAAGCCUACAUCGCUCACGGACCGACAAAAAUAACACUGUACGGGGUGUGGAAACUCCUCGCGAUGAGCCUCCUCUUCCUGAGCCUCCUAUUCCUUAUGCUUUUCCGUAUCAGCCAGUUCCUAAAUCCGUCAGCCAGCAACCUCCUCAAAGCACUUAUCCAAUAAUACCAAACAGAGUUUCGUCCCACUUUCUCACGAACGAGAGUACUACAUCUUCACCCACAUUACAUGUCUAUAGACGACGUAGUGGAGCACGAGGCGAUGAAGAUGAUCAACCAUACAAGAAUCCAUCCGCAUCGACCAGCUCACUGGCAUUGAGUAUUGACUGCGAGUCGGUCGAUAAAGCUCUGCCAGAUGAGCCGUUCCUGAUAACGAAACUCAGGGAUAUUGAUGAGGGAAUAGAACAAGCAGAGUACAAAUAUCAAGAGACACCAGUUGAAGAAAAAGGAAAUAACGAUUCAGAUACAAAAGAAGAUUUGCCAGAAAUGAGACCUGCUAUAAAAAAUAGUAACCAAAUAUCUUCGAGCGAAAUAUCCACAUCCACAAGAGAAUCCUCUGAAUCCUCUUCCAUACAACCGGCCAAUUUAUCCUUACCCCCAACGCCUCCUCCAGAGUCCUCGUCACUUUCCUCCAUCGUUAUUGACGAAUCAAAGGGUCAUACUGAAUCUUCACCAGUAUGCCCUCCACCCAAAACGUCCUCUAUUGCCGGUCUCGCAUCUACAUCCCAUACAUGUCCGCUCAUAUUCACACCAGACUCUGUGCCACAACAUCCAACUUGGUGCCAACAAUGCAUGAUAAAUGAGUUUCGUGAUAACUUUUCUUCAUGGACUUCUGGAAACGAGUUCAUGGACGCAUUUAUACGACGAUCACAGUUGCGGGCAAGGAAUUCUCAUGCGUAUGCCGAAUGGAUUUCGUUUGAAGAGUUUGAAGACGUAAAGUUUAUAGGACUUGGUGGAUUUGGGGCGGUUUAUGAAGCGGUAUGGACAACUGGGCCCAAGUGGACUUGGGUUGUGGAAAAUGUAGAGGUGGAGGGACGUGCGAUGAAGGCUCGGUGGCAACGAAUGGGUCCCCGAAAGGUUAUCCUGAAACAUUUGAAUUCUUCCAGGGACAUUGGUCCGAAAUCGUUUAACGAGCUUUCUAUGUACUUCCGUUCACUUGCACCUCAUCCACAACUGCUCCACUGCUUUGGUGUAACAAGAGCGUUAACUAGUGCCGAUUACAUGUUUGUUCUCGACUAUGCGGACAUAGGAAAUUUAAGACAAUGUCUAAGUAAAUCCCACAACCAGCUUGCUUGGCCGGAUCGUUUAUUAAUGUUGAUAAAAAUUGCAACGGCACUGGAAGCUAUGCAUUCUUGUGGGAUUGUUCAUAGAGACUUGCAUUCUGGCAAUAUCUUGUUGAUAGAUUCAAAUGGCAGUGUGCGCGUCUGCGUUACAGAUAUAGGAUUAUCUCCUGAUAUUCUUUGUGGGGGUUCAUGCGACGCUGCCGCCGAUAUGUACAGUUUUGGUGUGGUUAUGUGGGAAUUUGCAACUGGAGAGCUUCCUUUCGCAGACAUUCCACACGAUAUAAUGCUCGCUAAAAGAAUCACCGAAGGUCUUCGGCCAGAAAUUCCUGACCAUGUUCCUACUUGCUAUUCAGAGUUGAUUAUGGAUUGUUGGAACGAUGAUCCAGACAAAAGACCAACUGCAAAGAAGAUAAUUGAAGUAUUGAAAUCAUGGCGUGCGACAAUAUUGGAAGGAAAUGCUUCGAGCGUAAAGAGUAUGAAGAGAAUUAGGCUCAAGGAGGCGAUUUUGAGCCAGUUUAUGAGUGCUGAUCUGCAUAGGAUUGAGAUGUUGGAGAAUGCAGAGGAGGAUAAAAAGGACUUCAUACAUCCAGACGCAAUAUAUGUUUCGAGAAAGUUUGAGUUUCACAAGUCGCCCGAAUUCUUUAUGUAA